AUGUUAGACCCGCUCAAGAGCAGCAUUGUUCCAGAGGAGGACGAGAACGUGGACGGCGACGUGUUUGUCAAGAAAGAGGAGGAGGAAGAAGAAGAAGAAGAACAAGAUAGCCAGGUGCAACCAGCUCCAGACGUCUUUGAGGAAUUACCCAUCGAGAUACGGAGCUUGACUGAAAGGUUCCUCGAGUCCCUCUCUGCGAAAGUUCAUCCAAGUCCACCCUCCGCCGAUAGCCUCUCAGACCUCUUCCAGGACUUCUACACACGUGCCGCGGCCAAGAUCAACACACAUAUCGCAACCUUGUCUGCUCGAUUGACGAGUGAGACGUUCAUAUCACAAGCGAACAAGAGCUCGGCACCGUCGAGCAGGGCAGGCUCAAUAAGGAAGGGCAGCGAUCCCAAUGCAGAACAGCAGAUGCUCAGCGCGUCAGAGAUGAGCUACAGGAAGAAGGCAAGGAAGUCUCUCGAAGCCAAAAGGGCAUCUCUGGAAGAGGCUGUCGAGCGAGCUGUCUGUGAGAAAGUGUACGACAGGAUCUGGCGGCACAGAAGUACAGAUGAUGAAGAGAGGGAUCAUAAACUUAGAUCACGAACAGCGGCGCUUUCGCUUGUUGGCAUUGGCUUGAAAGAGCUCCUGAUGACCGGCGAGGAGAUGACAGAGGAGGAGCGCAACAAAGCCAAAGAGAAGGAGCCGGAGAUCAGAGAGUUCUUGUCUGCUGCUCGACAAGACAUCAUGAAGAUGAACCACGAGAAGUACCCACUUGGCAAAGUGCUACAUCUGACAGCAGCGCACAAGUCGAUCGUGGAUGCCCUGUCGAAGAUAUUCCCAGCAACGUCAUCUGCAGACGAGAUCCUGCCGGCACUCAUCUACGCCCUCAUCACAUUACCGCCAGUGUACCUCAACGUCAUCAGCGAUCUGAAGUUCAUCCAGAGGUUUCGUGGCGCAAGCAGAAUGGAUGGCGAGACCGCUUACUGUCUGGUGAACUUAGAAGCAGCCGUUUCCUUCCUAGAGACAGUGGAUCUUUCGUCGCUACGCGCUGAGGAGGAAAGCACAUUAGAAAGAGCCAACUCGCGACCAUCGACACCAAAGACAGAAGUCACUCCCAUGCUUCUAGGGCUAUCUGAUGCGCCGGACCUAGUACAAACACCAGCGACACCAACCACCAAAACAACUUUCAAAGAGCCCUCGAGCCCGACAACGACGAAGAUUCAGCGCCGACUUAGUAACUUGGUGCAGGCUCAGACGAAUCGAAUCGAAUCAGCUUCAGAUGCUGUCCGUGACUCAAUUCUGGACUCCGCAGAUCAAGCGUUGGGUAGGAUCAACAACACGCUUGACACCAGCUUCAAAUUCUUCUUUGGAGGUCUUCGAGAACGAGAUCCGAACAAUCAAUUGCCGGAGCAACCUGCGUUACCAAAGACACUAGAGGAAGUGCGUGAGCUUGUCAGCUCCCCUACACGAGGUUUGCAUGUCGACGAUGAUAACCUCAGUGUUAGCGCAGCUAGCGAGGACGAUCGUCAGGACGUGCCGGCCAGACAAGAUCUCAGUGCAAAGAUGAGCGAUCUUUUUGCUGGCAAACGACAAGUUCGAGACCGAAGCGUCGACUCGGCGCGGUCAGGAGGCAGCAACAGCGCACGUCGCGUAGCAUUCGCCCCAAAGCCCAUCGAGGAGAAGACACCGUCACCGGCAGCUGUGAAGACCGACACAGCGCCUACUACACCUUCCGCUGUGGACUCUCUACGUAACCUGGGUAACAGCUUGAAUCCUUUGAACAGCUUCAGAAGUGUCAAUGUUCUUCCUCGCUUUGGACGUGCCGUCAGCAGUGCCACCACGCCAACAAUACCAUCGCCAACGCCCGAACAAAACAAGACACCGCCAGUACCAACACCAGAACCGCUAAGCCACACAACAACCAAUGACGUCGCGCCUGCAGAUGAGAAAGGGGUGAAGGCAAUCGCUGCUUUGGAGCAGAUGAAGAAGACAACACCCCCAUUAAAGAAGUUCUUAGAAGCCAAGGACGCACAAGACCUAAAGUUGAGGGAGGUUGAUGAACUAUUGAAGGAUUACCAGCGACUUGCCGCGGCGAUGCGAAGUGCGAUUCACCAAUUGUGA